AUGAUGGGCCAUGAAGAAGAAAACUUAAGCUACUUUAGUAGAGAGAGAAGAGAUACCUCAGAUCUCCAAAUCAAUGAUUUUAUUAUAAAUGGAGAUGAUGGUGAUAAGAAGGUGAAGAAACUCAACCUCAAUGCAAGCGAGCGUUAUCGCCGCAAGAAAAUGGACACUUUGUAUGCCAAUCUUCGCUCUCUUCUUCCUCCUCAAGAUCUCUCUAAAAAGUUGAGCAUUACGGCCACGAUUUCGAGAGUGCUGAAUUACAUAACUGAGCUGCAGGCAGAAGUGGAGAGGCUAAAACACAAGGAGAGAUUUGUCUCACAAAAGAGUCACAUAAAUUUAAAGAAAUCAAGCUCCAAUUCAGCAGCUUCAGCAACUCCAAUCAGCGACGUUGAAGUCGUGAUCCAGAUUUGCAUUACCAAGGAAGAAAAUGGUUCGUUUUCUGAAGCAAUCUCGAGAUUGGAAGAAGAAGGUUUUCUCAUGGUCAAUGCUUCUUGUUUCCAAUCAUUUCAAUCAAGGCUUUUCUAUAAUCUCCAUUUUCAGGCACAAGAAGGUCAAGUGAUUUUGUAUAUAUGUUGUAUAUAUAUGUUCGUGUCGUAUUUUUAUGUUGUGUAAUAUUUAUUAGUGGAGGCUAUAGUGGACAUUAUUUAAUUAUAUAGUAGAACAAGAGGUGG